AUGGGCCACCUGCAGAACCUCAUGACGUGGGCCAAAGCCCAAGGCGUCGCCAUCAACGGCAUCCAGCCCAGCAAGAUCCCCGGCCGAGGCACUGGCAUUCUCGCGACGCGCAAAAUCAAGGCUCAAGAGGAGAUACUGAGAGUGCCGCCCCGGGUUCUGCGCUGUCUGGAAUCGGUGCCGUUGCGAGUGAGGGAAAAGUUGCCCGCGGACUCGACGAUCCAAGCGCUGCUUGCGGCGGACCUGGUGCUCGAUCGCAGCGCAAACUCCAAGCCCUGGAAAGCCGUGCUGCCCAAGAUGGCUGAUUUCGAGGCGGGCAUGCCGAUGCUGUGGCCUCGGGAGCUGAAGCAGCUCUUGCCUCUGGAGUCACAAGUUACUCUUGAAAGGCGAGAGAAGGAGUUUCAGGACAACUGGGACGACUUCAAGGAAGCGUUUCCGGAUGUUCCGCGGGAUGACUAUACGUACGCCUGGCUGGUGGUCAACACGCGGACGUUUUACCACGAGACGCCCGAGACGUUGAAGUAUCCCUGGGAAGACCGGCUGGCGCUGAUUCCCGUGGCGGACUUGUUUAAUCAUGCUGCCGGCGGGUGUAGAGUGUAUUACUCGCCAGAGGGGUGUUACCAUGUCGUUGCGGAUCGAGCGUAUAAGAAGGGUGAGGAGCUGUUUAUUUCGUACAGCAGCCAUUCCAACGACUACAACUUGCUCGAGUACGGCUUCAUCCCGGACGAGAAUUCGUUGGAUGAUGUAUACAUUGACGAUGUGGUGAUGCCAAAGCUGAGCGAGAGCCACAAGGCUGAGCUCCAAAGGCGAGAUUUGCUUGGAGAGUAUCCGCUCGGGUCACUGUCUGAGGAGUAUCGCCGUACGCAGGGAGUCUUGCGUUUGCUCUGUUGUACAAAACAGGAGUUUGAUGCUUUUCUUGAUGGUAAGGAGAAGGGAAGUCGUGUUCAGGAUCGAGUGGAAGCGUAUCUUGUGGAGUUGCUGGGUGAGUUUCUGGAUGGCAUUGUUGCAGUGCGAGUGCGGCAGGUGGAAGAGCUGAGGGUUGGUCGGGGUGAUCAGAGAGCGCUUCUGGCGAAACGAUGGAGGCAGAUUGAGGAGCUUGUGAGGCAGAAGUUAAGGAUGAUGGGGAGCAGCAGGUGA